AUGUCGACCAAUUCAUGGAUGCCCCGGCAACAUGACACGACCAGCUACAGCAAGAGCACGACGCUCAUCCUCCUCGGCGUCGCCCUGGCCUCCGGCAUCUGCUUUCUGCUGUUCACUGCUUUGGUUCAAUACCUCUGUUCCCGCAACUGCUAUGAUGUCGAUGCAGAGGAGGGAGGGGGAGGCGUCGAACGCCGCAAUGCGGGCGGCGUCACCGCGCCCGUCCUUGCCUCCCUGCCAACUUUUGCGUAUUGGAAGAGCAAAACCGACGGUGGCGACAGCGGAAGGUGGGGGGAGUGCGCAGUGUGCCUCGAGGUGGUGCAGGAAGGGGAACUGGUCAGGAGGCUACCAGCGUGCCAUCACACGUUUCAUGUCGAGUGCAUUGACAUGUGGUUGCGCUCGCACUCGACGUGCCCCUUAUGUCGGGCUACUGUCGAGCCGGUGGAAGUGCUCAAAGGCAGAGAGGAUUGCAGAUCGGCGGCGGCGAGCCUGUUACCUCCAGUGUAGUUUCGUGAUGGCGUGAUAUUUUAAGUGAUUGUGAUUGUGUGCUGCACCAAACAGUUUAUCGACUCGAAAGCACGGGUCGUAAAUACAGAAACUGAAUCAA